ACUUGUUGCGUCAAUUCCCGACAAUGAAGCGUAUUUUCUGUUCCGCACUACAUUUCCCACAAUCCUCUGUAAUAUGCGUCUGGGUGUGAAAGAGAAAGAUUAAAAUUGGACCAUCUGCAGACUUUGAUUUGGUAUUAAUGGCGGCAGCAGAUAUUUUCUACAGGGCUUUGCUGUGUUGUGAGCUGUAGUAAACCAUCACGCUUUGAUCGUUUCUCAGGAGGAUCUGUGACAGGUGCCACUAUAACUGUACCCUCACCUGACAUCAGCAACCGGGCCAAAAUGGAAGCUAGUUUCGGAUCCACAUUUCCAGCAGUCCCUCAAGUAGCAAAAGCGGAAACUAAUUACAAACAGCACCGCAGAACCCCUUCAUCCUCCAGCACUCUGACAUACUCCGCUCGUGACGACGAUGAUGGCAUGCCGCCCAUUAGUACCCCUCGUCGCUCAGACUCUGCCAUCUCGAUUCGCUCUCUGCACUCCGAGUCCAACAUGUCGCUGCGCUCCACCUUUUCUCUGCACGAGGAAGAGGAAGACACAGAGCCACAGGUGUUUGCAGAGCAGCCCUCAGUUAAGCUUUGUUGCCAGCUGUGCUGCAGCGUGUUCAAGGACCCCGUCAUCACCACCUGCGGACACACAUUCUGCAGGCGAUGUGCCUUGACCUCAGAGAAAUGCCCCGUGGACAAUUCUAAGCUCACAGUGGUAGUGAAUAACAUAGCGGUGGCCGAGCAAAUCGGAGAGCUUUUCAUCCACUGCAAGUACGGCUGUCACCCAGCUGCCUCGGGCAAACCCGGUGCCUUUGAGGUUGACCCACUUGGCUGUCCAUUCACCAUCAAGCUUAGCACCAGGAAAGAUCAUGAAGUAAGCUGUGACUACAGACCUGUUCGCUGUCCUAACAACCCCAACUGCCCUCCCUUGCUCACCAUGAACCUGGAGUCCCAUCUGAAAGAGUGUGAACACAUUAAGUGCCCUCACUCUAAAUAUGGUUGCACCUUUAUCGGGAAUCAGGACACGUAUGAGACGCAUCUGGAGGUGUGUAAGUUCGAGGGGCUGAAGGAGUUUCUCCAGCAGAUGGAUGACAGAUUCCAUGAGAUGCAGGUGACACUGGCGCAGAAGGACCAGGACAUCUCGUUCCUGCGCUCCAUGCUGGGCAAACUCUCUGAGAAACUAGACCAGCUGGAGAAGAACUUGGAGCUCAAGUUUGAUGUGCUGGAUGAGAACCAGAGUAAGCUCAGUGAAGAUCUGAUGGAGUUCAGACGAGAUGCUUCCAUGCUUAAUGAUGAACUGUCUCACAUCAAUGCCAGACUCAAUAUGGGUAUACUGGGCUCCUACGACCCCCAGCAGAUCUUCAAAUGCAAGGGUACUUUUGUGGGCCACCAGGGUCCGGUGUGGUGUUUGUGUGUCUAUUCUACCGGCGAUCUUCUCUUUAGUGGGUCAUCAGAUAAGUCCAUCAAGGUUUGGGACACAUGCACCACAUAUAAGUGUCAGAAAACCCUUGAGGGCCAUGAUGGAAUAGUGUUGGCAUUGUGCAUUCAGGGGAACAAACUUUACAGUGGCUCAGCUGACUGCACCAUUAUUGUUUGGGAUAUCCAAACCUUGCAGAAAGUGAACACCAUCCGGGCACAUGACAACCCAGUGUGCACUCUUGUGUCCUCACACAACAUGCUAUUCAGUGGCUCUCUCAAAGCCAUUAAGGUGUGGGAUAUUGUGGGCACAGAGCUAAAGCUAAAGAAGGAACUAACUGGCUUGAAUCACUGGGUUCGAGCUCUGGUUGCUUCUCAGAAUCAUCUGUACAGUGGAUCUUAUCAAACCAUAAAGAUCUGGGACAUCCGUUCUCUGGAGUGUGUCCAUGUGCUCCAGACCUCUGGAGGCAGUGUGUACUCCAUUGCAGUCACCAAUCACCAUAUAGUUUGUGGCACCUAUGAGAACCUCAUUCAUGUUUGGGACAUUGAGUCCAAAGAGCAGGUGCGGACGCUGACGGGCCACGUGGGCACAGUGUAUGCCCUUGCCGUCAUCUCAACCCCCGAUCAGACCAAAGUGUUCAGUGCCUCCUAUGAUCGCUCUCUCAGGGUGUGGAGCAUGGACAACAUGAUCUGUACCCAGACUCUGCUGCGGCACCAGGGCAGCGUAACGGCGCUCGCUGUGUCCAGAGGAAGACUCUUCUCUGGAGCUGUAGACAGCACCGUAAAGGUGUGGACGUGCUAAAUGUGACUGCUUAUCAUUAUUAGUUGUCAACAUGUUGAGUAAUAUAUCGCAAAUUAGAGACAAAAUGAAUUCUGAUGCACGGACUCU